AUGCAAUUCAGCACUGUCCUCACCCUGCUUGGCUUUACAGCCAUCGGUCUGGUCCAGGCCCAGGGACCUUACGACGCCCCUUGUGGUAGCUACAAGACGUGCCUGGACAUCUGUCCCAAUGCCGACUUCUUCCCCUUGAUCGACCAGUGCGAGAUUGGAGACUCGGGAGAGCCAGACUGCUACGUCAACUUCUACUGUAAAAGCGAUUCGCAAGUCAGAUUUUCUCUGAGUCAGUGUACUCCAGACUACCUAUCUCAAUAUCAUCCUGGACAUACGUCCUGGAAACAAAAUGGAAAUCAAAACAGUCGCCAUCUUCGGCGUAAGUCCUCACCAUCUACCCUCGAUGCAACCCUAACCGCCCAGGCCUCGGGCAACUUCGGCGCCCCCAUCACCGCAGCCCUCCAACAAGCCGGGCUCAAAAUAACCAUCAUCACCCGCCCCGAGUCGACUUCGACAUUUCCACCAGGAAUCCCCGUGAUCAGAACAUCAUACACCCUCGAUGACCUGACUCCCGCCCUUCAAGGCCACGAUGCAGUCGUCUGCGUCGUGGGGCCCCGCGGGAUAGGCGCCCAAGCCACGAUGGUGGAUGCCGCCAAAGCCGCAGGCGUGAAACGAUUCAUCAUCAACGAUUUUGGCUGGGGCCCCGAUUUCAAGGGCAUGCCUGAAUUCGACGAGAUCCAUGCCCAUCGGAAGGCGGGAUGGGACCAUGCUGCGGCCACGGCGGAGCAGAAUAGGAGCUUUACUUGGACGGGUAUUACGUCUGGGAAUCCGAUUGAUUGGGCAAUGAGAAAAUUCCCCCUGAUGGGGUUCGACAUAUCGACCUGCUCGGCUGUUAUCUACGACGACGGCACUGAGGAGUUCACCGGGACAACCCUGGACGGCAUCGGCCAGGCUGUCGUGGGUGUCCUGCAGCAUCCGGAAGAAACGGCCAACCGCUUUGUUAAAGUACGGAGUAUCAAGACCUGUCAGCGGGCGUUGUUGGAUGCUUUUCAGUCUGUGACUGGGAAGGAAUGGGACGUUCGCAGGGCUACUACUCAAGACCUGAUUGAAAGUGGACGACGGAAGCAUCAGGAGGGUGUUGGGGGUUGGGUUCUGGAUUUGGUUGUUGCUCAGUUAUUCGAACCGGGCAAGGCGAGGUGUGUUGUUGCGGCUUCGCGAGAAGAAUCGGAUGCGGGUUUGCUUGGGAUGGUCGAGGAGAGUCCAGAGGUUGUUAUUAGAAAGGCCUUGAUGGGGGAUGCCUGA